AAUAUAAAAUAUAAUAUAUAACAAUACUUGUAUCUAAUCUGCACACAUAAAGAUAUUUAUAUAAAUGAAUGUUAUUCUCUGUGUGAUAAAGACAUAAUCAGUCUGUGUUCGUUGGUUCAUGACGAUCAAACCUUUUUUUAUUUUCCUGUUUGGUGCUGAGAGCAAAAACCACAGAGUUGUUGAGAACACCUCCAGAAAGGGAGGAGGAAGGCUGAGCUGAGUCUUCAUCACUCUGAGGUACGAUGGGACUCACUGCUCUGCUGUGGCUGCUCUUUCUGACUUCACCGCUGAGCUGCACAACAACCCGAGCUCGUCUGACUCUGAGUCCCAGCAGCUCUCAGAUGUUUAAAGGACAGUCUGUCUCUCUGAGCUGUGAGGAGGACGACUCUGCUGGAUGGACUCUGUGGAGGAACACCACCGAUGAAACCAGGACUCAGUGUGGAGCUGGCUGGGGAAAACCUGCUGGUUCCUCCUGUAACAUCAGCUACAUGGUCGCAUGGGACAGUGGAGUUUACUGGUGUGAGUCCAGAGAGGGAGCAACCAGUAACACCAUCACCAUCACCGUCACUGGUGGACCAGUGAUCCUGCAGAGUCCUGUCCUCCCUGUGAUGGAGGGAGAUAACGUCACUCUGCUCUGUAGGACAAAGACGUCCUCCAGCCUCCCAGCUGAUUUCUAUAAAGAUGGCGCCCUCAUCAGGACUGAGCCUGCAGGUCACAUGACCCUCCACCAUGUUUCCAGGUCUGAUGAAGGCCUCUACAAGUGUCUCAUCAGCAGUGAUGAGUCUCCACCCAGCUGGCUCACUGUCACAGGGAAACCCACCACGACAUCUUCUACUACAACCUCCUCUUCCUCACCCACCUCUUCCUCACCCAACUCUUCCUCUUCCUCACCCACCUCUUCCUUGGUGUGGUUUACUGUUCCACCUGUCUGUGUACUGGUUGUACUGGUUGUACUGGUUGUACUGGUGAGACGAUGCAUCCGUAGGAAACCUAAAGCUGCUGACGUAGACGUUGGAGUUGAUGACGUCACAUACAGUGAUGUCAAAACAUCACGUGACCUACAACAGCCAAUCAGACGGAGCACAGAGAGUGAUCCAGCUGUAGUCUACUCAGCAGUCAGGAGACCAGAAGACGUCAGUUAUGGACAGGUCGUCUUCAGAGACGCCACAUCAAACAGGACGAGAGAGUUUCCACCAGAGCCGGAGGUCGUCUACUCUUCACUGAGGUAGACCUCCACACCUUCACACCGGUCCAACACCGGUCCAACACCACUCCAACACCACUCCAACACCGGUCCAACACCGGUCCAAAACCGGUCCAACACCGGUCCAACACCGGUCCAACACCACUCCAACACCGGUCCAACACCACUCCAACACCGGUCCAACACCACUCCAACACCGGUCCAACACCACUCCAACACCACUCCAACACCGGUCCAACACCGGUCCAAAACCGGUCCAACACCGGUCCAACACCGGUCCAACACCACUCCAACACCGGUCCAACACCACUCCAACACCGGUCCAACACCGGUCCAACACCAGUCCAACACCGGUCCUACACCGCUCCAACACCGGUCCAACACCGGUCCAACACCGGUCCAACACCGGUCCGACACCAGUCCAACACCGGUCCGACACCACUCCAACACCGGUCCAACACCGGUCCAACACCACUCCAACACCGGUCCAACACCACUCCAACACCGGUCCAACACCGGUCCAACACCAGUCCAACACCGGUCCAACACCGCUCCAACACCGCUCCAACACCGGUCCAACACCAGUCCAACACCAGUCCAACCAGUGAAGUCCAGCUGGCCUGUAACUGGUCCCAGAACCCGUCAAAGCCAGAACACUUAUUGUUUUAGUUCUUAUCCGGAUGUGUUGACUCUGACUGAAGCAGCUGCAGUUCCUCCAGAAGUGUUUCAGUACGAUGCUCAACGUGAUGAUGAUAAUGAUGAACUGUUAUUUAUAUAUUGUAUAUUCGUGUCAGCUGGUUGCUCUGCAGGAUGAAUACACGUUGGUGUCGCUGGUUGUUUUCCUCGUGUGGUUCUGUGGGUUUCACUACGCUGACAGACGGAACAUUUGACUUGUUCUGGUUUGGUUGUGGCUAACCGAGAGACACGUCUCUACAGAGCAGAUCACUAGAGAACAAACACACCGCAGACUAUAAACGGCAUCAACAUCAUCCAGCGGCUGGAAACUAAGCACCGCUCAGAAAGCUUCGGUGCAGAGCGUCUGUCUGCGGGAGGAGCUUUGAUUCUGUGACGUUGAGACGCCGUUUAAACGUUUCAGAAACAGACCAGAGGUACAACGUGAAGACAUCACUAGCUGGCUGCAGGUAAAGGACAGGUUUCCUGUCCGUAUGAACACAGCUGGAACACAGCUGGAACACAGCCGGUUCACAGUCGAAUCCCAGCUGGAUCCCAGUCGAGUCCCAGCUGGAACACAGCUGGAUCACGGCCGGUUCCCAGCCGAGGGUACUGUAUGUCCUGUCAACAACAACAACAACAACAACAAUAACGGUGCAUAUUUACCAGCGCAGCAGCAAUUCUAAAAGUCUCUGCAUGUUUCUCCUGACAGUGAACAGUUUGACAAACAUCUGCAUGUUUAUUAAAACCCGUAUUGUUCUGUGUUCUGUGUUCUGUGUUCUGUAUAGUUACAGAUGAGUGGAACCACAAGGUGUAAAGGCUGUAGGACACUGAGUUCAUUACCAACAUUAAAACAGCUUUCAGGAGUUA